CCAGUUUCUAUAGCGACGGCGCUGCUCCGCGGCUCCUCCGAGUAGUAACAAAGCCGGCUCCCGGCUCCCGCCGCCCAGACGCUCUCCGCCGCCGCCGCCGGAGGAAGAGGGCACCGUCUGCCGGGGCGGCCCCACGCAGGACAAAGAGAGAACAGAGAACAUGCCAGCGAUGAAUCAUCUGUUUUUAUUAUCAGUCAUUCAGACACUUUGGUGAUGGAUGGAUGAAUAGAUAGAGCCCAGAGGUAUGAGCCAACUUGGCAGCUGGCAGUAACACAUUCAGAAGCACGGAAGUGUGGUGUGUGAGGCAACAACUUCCCUCCUCAGUAAACCUUCCUGGAAAACGCACUAUAUGUUAGACCUGCUUUUGAAAGUGAGAAUCAUCAGUCAGAGAAGUAAUAUAUUACAAAGAAAAUUAUCGGACAAUGGGAUUGUUUCUGUAGAAAAGAUAAAAUUAUACAUUUAUCUUUAUUUGAUGAUGCAGUUCAUGCAUGAUUCAAAUAAAUGUAAUCAAAGGUCAGUCUUGUUUGUAUGUUUCUUUUAGUGUUCUUGCCCAAAACCAAGAAUGUAUAAUGAAAUAAAAGCCCGUGGAUGGAAACCCGUGUACAAAGAUUCCAUGAAGUGCCUUGCUAAAACUUGAUGGCCAACCUCAUGUUAGAAGUAGAGAGGAGAUUUGCCAUCCUUUGGGAUGACUCCAUGUAUGUAGGGGGUAAAACUGGAACUCAGGGAUGUAACAAAUCUAAUAGCAGUAGCCAACACCUCCAAGAAGGUAUGCCCUUAGUUAGGAAUUAGGGAGGCUGAGGGUUUAUUAAGAUAGUUUUGUUUCUCCAGAGCAGCAUGAAGUGAUCCAUGCUGGUGACAGGAGGUAGCCAUAAAUGCCUGUUAAACUGCUCGUAUACUCUAUUCAGUUUACUGUCCCUUUUUGCUACUGUUAAGGUCUACCUCAUCAUCCUGUGUUUGCUUUAUGUGGGGGUAGCAAUCUCAGUGGUAUGAAAGGCUGCCUUGUAUCCGCCCUCUAUAAAUCGGUGAAAGAGGCAUGGAGGAGUUGAGUGAAUUCUUCACUGUGAGUCAGGCAUUAAACAGGUGCCCAAGGGGCUGUGGACAUGGACACGCACACACGCACACGCACGCGCACGCACACACACACACACACACACACACACACACACACACACACACACACACACACCCCGGUCCUUGGAGGUAUUCAAGGUGCUGAGCAACCUAAAUGAAACGCAACUUCAGAGCUGUCCCCGUUUUUGUAGAAACUCGCAAUAGAAGCAUUGAUUGGUAUGAAUGGGAUUGUGUGGGUGUGGAGGCCCCAGAAGGAAGAGCAGGCAAAGGGCUAUAAGAAUGGCUGUUGAUGGUGCCCAGAUUAGCAGGUCAUCAAGAUCACAGCACACAUCUACGUGCAGCUUCUCAGGACACCCACAUCAGGAGACAAAGGACAGUAGGUAAAGCCUGGUGACUCACAGAGGUGGGACAGGGUGAAGAGACUGUUCGCUCUCUGCUCCUAAAGACAACAAAAAGGCACAUCCGGCAGCAGCACGUUUGUCUACCAAAAAAAGAAGCCAGGAGCCAGGAUGAGGACUGAAUAGCUGGCAUCCCUUGUCCUCCAUGUCACUGCAAGGAAUGUAUCUCCGUGCCUGAGUGCUGGCCAGACUACCUGGUUACCCACGCCAUGGUGCUUUGUGAGUAUGUGGUUUGGAGUGAGUGGGUGAGAUCAGCACACUCCCCUUCUGUAAGGGCUCCCACUGAGCGUGGCUACACUACUGAAACACAGUGUUGCAAUACUGUUUUCUAGACUUUGCAGGAAGUAGGGUUUGGACCAGAUGACCUCCAGAGGUUCCUUCCAAUCUCAAUUAUUCUGUGAUUCUAGGACUUAACUGCAGGAAUCAGUGGAGUAUGUGCUGUGGUCUCUCUUGCCCAGGAGGUAAGAUUAGUGUAUUUUGAUGGUCUUUUCUAGCCUUAAAUCUUCAUCGUUUUUGACCACCUAUGUCCUCACUGGUAAGACUUAAAGAUUUUGGUUUUUUCUUUUUGAGAUGGAUUUGAGUCACCCAGUAUGAGGGAAAAAAAAGUAGCAUUUUCAGAUCAUAAAAGUUAUAGUUUAAUACUCCCCAGAGGGAUGGUUUUAAUCUUCUGCUAAACAAUCCUACCCUUGAAAACAUAGGGAAAAAAUCCAUUGAAGAGGUCUUUUUGAUCAGAGGCUGUAAACUCGACUCCAGGGUGCUGGAAUUGUAACGUCUCCUCAGUCAUUGUUAAAGCAACACUAGAGCUGUAUCGCAAACAAUGAGGAUUAUGUGUCUACUUUAAAAAUACAGUGCUGGGAAUGAAUUUCCCAAUUCAUGGAGCCCAUCUUGUCAUGUUCUUCACUGUGCUGAACUGACUGUACAAGGCUGGAUCCGCAAAUAAUCUUUCUCUUUCAUCUCUACUGUAAUGUCAUAUAUAGAAUCAAGGCACAUUACUCAAGAGCAUGCAUACCCAUCAGUUCCAGUGCUGUUGAGGACUUGUUCUUGUUGGUUUGCUUGUUUGCUUUGUUUUGCUUGAUCUGCUAUGAGUCCUAUUGUCCACACCUUGCCCAGCCCUUAUCCAACAGAAUUUUCUGUUACAGGAACUAAGCCGUUAGUCAUCUUGGUGGUAUGACAACUAAGCGAGUGAAUGUUGUGAAUGCUUAUCUUCCCUGCAUCUUACCCACAGCCUUUCCUGGAUUUUUAUAGCUACCAUCAUGUGUGAUUGAACUUAACUGUGAGAGAAUUGGUUACACAACAAAAUACAAACUCUCUCCUGAAUUUUUGCUUUGGCUGCUUUUCUCUGACAUUUCACUCUGGCUAUUUUACUGGUAUUCCAGUAUUAAAAAUGAAUUCUAAAUUUUGUUCCUAGGUCCUCCCCUGCUUUACCACUCUCCAUUACUAUUUAUCACAUUCAUUCUCAUUAGCAUGGUGGGCAACAGAAGCCGUAUCUCACAUUUCUCCAUUUCUUCUUACAUUCAGAUUAGUCCCAUGUUUUGCUGUCAUCUCUUCUUGUACAACACGUACAAUUUUCCUCAUGCACCCAUCUCUGCCUAUUAUGCCUUAAUAUUUUCAUACUUUGAUUCCUCUAACUUGUAAUAUAUAGCCUGUAACCUGCUCCUCACUUGCUGACUUGAUGCUUGCAUUGCUUCCCUUCAGAAGCUACAUCCAAACCUCUCAUAUCUUCCUUGGACAUCUUCCUAAACCAUGUAAUUCUGCAUCUUUGAAACUCCCCACAAAUUCAUCUUGCGUUUCAACUCAGACUUGUUUUUGUCAUGUUUAAGGCCCUCUUUCACUGUCUGUGCUUUCUGCUGUGUUCGUUCUCCACUCUCUGUAAUUAUGCCAGUCUAGAAACCUUUUUUCUAAAUUUUCCUCACUUGCAUUUAUCUGUGUUUUCUUCCAUGCUGUCCAUUUUGUGCUUACUGAGAUCCAUCAUACUCCUGCCCUCUUUUUUUCACUUAUUCAAAACUCUAUUUUGUAAGGAUCCCAAUAAUCCGAAAUAGAAAUCUUGUUAAGUUGUAAUCUGUGUUCAGUUACACUCAUGCAUCAUCAGUAACUCAAUGGGACUGAGUUCAGAAGUAUAAGCAAGGGUAAGAUUUACUGCAGAGUGCUUAGAAGGGACGAAGAACAGUUACACUGAAGGUACUUUUUUGUUCCAUUUAGAUCUAGUGUGUAAUGAUGUUGUUAUAAAGAUGUCAUUGCAAAAUGUCUUAUAAUCUUCAAAGUCAAUUCUAAUGCAUGGAACUCAGUUUCCUUUUCUGAAUAGCUGAGUUAAACCUCACCAAGUUAAAUGGUUACUGUUUGCUUUUGAUGGUGCAUGCGAUAUGAGGCUCUUUUAAAACCAAUGGUGUAAUAAACCAGUGGUUCCACGUGGUAUGUUCGCAGAAUGAGACACAUCUGAGAUUGUAAUGUCUCAUUUGGACAUGAUACCAUCAGUGUGAGUGUAUCAAAUACUGCAUUCACAUGAUAUUGAAUCAGUAAGUCCUUCAGACUUGGUAGCCUGCCAGUGAGGCUGCCACAAUUUGUGCAUUCAUAAGCAGUGUCACUGAGUCUUGUCUGCCCCUUUCUGCACAUCCCAGUGUAUUAAGUUUAUCUUUUUGGGUAGGGAACAGUAACCCACAGUGUUUAUGAAUUAUUAGAUGCCAUCAUAGUACUUUACUGAUGUUGUUCCCCAGUUGGAUUUAGAUACUACAAAGCACAAUUUAAAAGAUUUAAUAACUUGACAAUUAAAUUUUUUUUUCAAUAACAGAGCAUUGGUACAUACUACAGAUGAAAGCCAAGCAGAAAUUAAUGGUUGUCUGUGUCACAGUCUCCCAAUCAAUCCAAUCUGCUUUUAUUCUGAGCAGGGAUUACAUAUUUAGGAACUGAAUACAUGAGGCAGUAGCAAGUUUUAGAAACACCAAGAUUUUUAUCCUAUGAAACCAAAGCCAAGACAAAAUCCAAUGCGAUUUGUUCACAUUAUAUUUGCUAGCACUGCACUUUUUUCAGUUAAAUCACUCUUGAUUUACACAAGAGUAUCUAGUUCACAGUAUCUUUGUUUCUAAUGAAUUAGCAGUAUGCCCUAUUGCCAUUUUGCUAAUCAAAAGGCUUUUAACCUCUCUGGCCUUUUACACAAAUUCAUAAGAAUACUUUUAUUGCUGUACUAUGCCAUAAAUCGCAUCAUUUAAAAUGCUAUACAGAGCCAUAUAUGCAGUUGAGUGGGAUCACUGAAAGCUAGAGAUUUGGGCAUAGAUGGCAUGAUAGUCUCUUACUUUGCCGUAGAGAAGGAGCACUUAAUUAACAAGGAAAAAAUUCCACUUGGACUGGGGGGAAAUAAAUCAGAAAAUUCACUCUGAAUCACUGAGCCAAAAGAAUAUUCUGACGGUCCUUUUCCAGAUACUCUCUCAUUUGAUCCAGUGCAAAUAGCUCUCAUAUAUCUGAAUACAUGCACUGCAUGUGAUCCAAGAAAGCAGCUUUGGCCUCAGAGACCAGUCUCAGGUGUGUGUCUAGAAGGUUUUUGUUUGUUUAAGGACAACUUAGCAUUUUCAACUAAUCUGUGAUCUGGAAACUUCCAUCUGGGUUCCACCCUUACAGUGGAUAAUUCUUUAGAAGAUAACCUUGUCAAAGAAAAGAAUUGUUCCUGUAAAGGCAUUGCUAUAAAGGGGUCUGUGGUUGGUCAUGUGUGCCUUGAUCUGGUAUACAAAGCUGUGAUCAUUGCUGUGUGAUGCAUGGUUGCCUUUUUGCAGUGGUUACUUGGUCUGGUGAAUCCACAUAACAUAAAUUCCACUAGCUGUGCACCCGCUUCUCCCUCAAUUCACCUUUGUCUUACGAUCAAUGCAUAUAGCAGUAGUCUGUAAAGGUCCUUCAGAAAUAGAAGUCUAUCAGGAGUAAAAUCAUGAAAGUUAAAGUUUCUCAAAGCUGUAGUUUCACUACAAGCCAUGUUACUUCAGACACCCAACAUGUUAAUGGGCUUGACAAAACUUUAAAAAGCAUCCAUAUGGAGGAAUACAGCCAGACAGGAUGUCAAGCAACAUUUGCGUAAAGUUUUGAAUAAGUGGAGAUGAAAGUCUCCAUUUUCUGUGGUUACUGAUCCUCUGAGUUACCUAGUUGAAAUUGAGACAUGUCUGCACUUGGAAACUUGGAGAAUGAAAGGUAAAACUUUUACUGUCUUCUAGGAUAUGUCCUAUUACAUUUCCAAAUGCAGUGUGCUGUAGCUUAAACUGUAUAGUGACUGGUUACAGAUAGGCAGGAUAUAUUGGCAAGGUUGUAGAACUUAAGGAUAUAAGCGCUGGAUGCUGUAGUGGGAAACUGUAGGUAAGUUUGGUUGAAUCUCCUGAGAACCAGGUUAAAUUAGCUCAUGCAGAACUAUGUGUCGUCACAGAUAGAUUGCUUCCAGUACCUGACCUGGCUCAGUUAUCUCUGAACUGCAGUGCAGUUUAAAGUGUAGAUAUACCUUCUCUUGUGAAAUGCCUCCACCACAACUAAUAGGAAGUGUCCUCCAGGGUGCACUUUUUGAGGGUGUGUGUCUGAGAGUGCCCUCCAGAAAGACAAAAGGAAAAAUGUGAGCUCAGAAGUCCUCAAGGAAUACUGUAAUCAUUUGAGUGUGCAGAAGAUGCUAGAACUAAUUUUAUGCAAUUUCCCUGAGAGCUCCUUCUGUCAAGAAGCCAAGCCCAAGGAAAACGGUAUAUUUUAACUUGCUGCAAGUACAGCCUGUGUUUGCAGAGAUUUGAGGAAGUCAUAGAUUCACAGUGGAUGCUAUGCUGCCUUCUGCACUGAUUACUAGUGCAGUAUUUGUAAUGUUCUAAACCAUGGUCUAGUAGGCUAACAAACAGCAGUAUGCCAUAUUGGUGCUUCAAAUAUGGAGCUAUCCAUGGAAAAGUAACAGCAUAAAUAGCACCCAAUGCUUCUUCUAAGUCUUCCCUUCUGUGCAAAUUAUGUGCAUUCAGCACAUUGGAAAUGAGGCCGUUGUGAAAUAUGUCAUCCUGUAAUGUCUAUUCAAUAAGGUCGCUUACUAACUCAUCUUUUUCGUAUUUGUUUUCAGAAGAAGAGGCAUGUGUAGCAUUCAGAAGCUUCCCAUUCACCUGCUUAAGUAAAAUGAGAGCAGAAGAAAUUCAUUAUGAAAAUUAUUCUAAAGAAAAUUUGUCAUGUAAAAUAUCAGAUAUUUUAAGAUGCUCUUGCUUAUUUUUCAGUUCUAUCAAAGUUUCCUAUCUUAAUUAGGAGAAAGCAAGAAAUGUUUUUCAUUUCCUGCUUUGUUUCAUAAGGCUCAGACAAGCUUCUCAUUUGUGAUACUGUACCAGAAAAAACGGUAUCUUUUGGAACACUCAGUGAAAGCUGCUAUGUUGCUGUUGGGAUUUAUAUUACUUUAAGUGAAAUCCAGAAUUUGAUAGUGUUCUGAUUUCUAGUUUUCCUAGUCUUGUACAAUAUGUAACAAAGCAUUUAAACUAAAAUCCCAGUUCACUAUAACCACUUAAGAAAAUACCAAUAUCUGGUCUCAGCUAUUAACUUACAUUAACCCAGGUAAAUAGGCAAGUGUAAAGACCCUCUAAGGACUAUAUUGCUUUUUAAACCUUUACAGUUCCCUUUUAUAUUCUCUCUAUUUUCUUUCUAGUUAGUUUAAAAGGCAAGCUGUGUUUCUGAAUAUAUCAGAAUAUUUUUGAAAUUUCUGAAGCAAUGCUUUCCCUUACUGGAUUUUAUAUUUUAAAUAUGCUCAAACAUAUACACUUAAAAUGUUUUGAAUUAGCUUAACAUUUCAACUGUUAUAGUUACAAAUGAUGUCAAAAUACUGUAGUUCUGCUCAAAGCAAAGACAAUUUUAUACUCUCCGUUGAGUUUGUGAGGCUUUACUGGUGUAACUUUUUCAGAUGAUGAAAAAUUUGGAGAGUCAAGGUUGUCCUCUUGCCCCAAAGCAGAAGCAGGCAACUUUUGAUGAAACACGUUUUCCAGUAUGUUCCUAUCAGAAGCACAUGUGAGGGAGACGCACCGUGUUUUUAGCUGAGUUUUGAUAUGUUACGUGUGCUAUGGAUAAAUCCUGAGGUGUGCUGAAUUGCUUGCUUAUUUCUGCUGCUCUUACCAAUCUGCAGGGCAGUCCAGGCCUGAAUAUGCUCCCAGAAGUAGUAGCACUAGUCUCAGGGCAACCACUGGUGACCAUGAUGCCUUCAGAAAUACCCAGAGUGUAUCAUGCUUCAUCUUAUUCUCAGUAGAUUCCUUUGUACUUUAUGAUCUAGGAUGGGAUGAUUUUAUAUAUAGUAAAGCCGAUUUUUCUUUCACCCAUUGAGGAAAUGACCCAUAAUCUGAGGUCUGGUGAGAGCUUAGCUCUUCAGAGCUAAUUCUCAAGGAGACAUUGGAUCUACUAAUGGAAAUGAUUUCCUCUGGGAAGGGAGUUAUACCAAACUGGUUCCUUACAGACCGUAGUCUCUGUAUUAUUACUGUAUGUAUGGUUUCAAGCCAUGAGGAUUCUGUCCCUCACUGGGAAUCUUCGAUUGAGUAGCACUAAACUUCUUUCAGUGGGAGUUCACAAUAGGUAAAAAUCCCUCCAUUUCACUACUAAACAACAUGUUAAAACCAGAGCAAUUCAUAAUAAUCUCCUUGAAGUUUAAGUCCUUUAUAAGCCUUCACCUGAGUUAAGCAAAUCUCACCAGCAGAAUACUCCAGCAAUUCUGAGACUAGUGGUGUAGCACUUCAUUGAUCUCUGACAGUCCCAGAGUCAUUUACAGCAGUUAGGAAGAUAUCUCCAGACUAACACUUUAAGCUGCUGUUGUUUAAGAGGAUUCUGUACUCCUUAGUGGCAUAAAAUAAUAGCAAUAAAUUUUCUUGCAUUUUUGGCAGAGUGCAGCUGUGCAUAUUGCUUGAUACAAAUUAAUUCAAUCCAUUCAUCCUUUAUUUAAAUAUCUGCGAUUAUAUCUUAUGCACCUCUGUCUAGAAUUAUCUGUGUGCCUGCAGUAACUUUUCUUUGUAGUUUGUUUGCAAGCAGUUACCAUGCAAUUGUGAAGCCCUGCUAGACGAAGUGGAGUUGCUGUGAUGCUUCCUGUAAUCUAAUUUUCGGCAGAAACACUCAGAUAAAAAUAUCACAAGCUGGAAAAAUCUAGUGUGAUGGUCAUUGCCUGCUGAGUCAGAAUGCAGCAAAGCUGUUUGAAUGCAGUGGUCCACAGGAGACUGUUGUGUUUUCUGGUCUGUGCUGGAGAAGAGACCGCAGUUUGUUUGGAGAACUAGAAGUGAUAAAGAGCUUCUUUGAGAUUUCUGAAGGGAAGUAUUUUGAUAUGUUUUUAAAACCCUUCUUUCAAAGCAUGGUUUAUCUCCUUAACUGCUUUGCUCCUUUUUUUGUGUGUGAAUUUCUAACACUUGUGAAUAUGUGGUUGCUAGAAGAGAUAGCACCUCAGAAUUCUUAGGUAUAUUUAGCAGAUAAUAUUGAAGGAACUUUAAAAUUAACAACAGAUCUGUAAAGAUAACUCUGGAUUAUUUUACAGAAAUAAUUUUAGUAAUUGGGAUUUCCCCAAUAUAUUUCCCUAAACAGAAAUUGUAACAUAUGGGUAUUUCCAUGCAAACCAGAGAAAUUGGACAACUUCCUCUCUUUCUGAGAAAACAGACUGAAGGGUCUCCCAGCUCAUGUAUUUGCUCUACUAAUUUUGUUCCCUCCUUUCCACCAGUCUUUGCCUGUGUGGAGGAUAGGUAUUUCUUGUCUUCCCUGUGAGUGAACCUUUGCAAGAGGUUCUUUUUCUCAGAAAGAAGUAAGAAAGAUAAUAGAAAAUACUUCAAGCACAGGAGGAACAAGAGGCCCAUGAAAGAGACGUUACAGUACCUGGUGGAUAGCAGGCACAGACAGCUGGAUGAGGCAGCUGGACCCAAGUGGUGACCCACAUCAUUCUGGAUGGUGCUCUGCCAGUGGAUGGGAUUAAAAGCCUGCAAAAUGCAAUGCCACACCCACGAUUUUGAGAAUGCAAGUGCUUGAAUUUGGGAGAAGUUUGGAGAAAAAUUCCAGAUUGUCUUAUUUACGUGGAUGCCUGGCUUGGAGUAAAGGACAUGCAGUACAGCAUCCCUAACAGAAGCUGAAAAUGGAUGACUCCUGCUGACACUUUUUGACAACUUCAUCUCCUCUUUUCCUGAUUGAGAUGGGUGAAAUGAUUAUCAGGAAAAAAUUCUAAAAUAAGCCUGAGUGACAUAAUUGUCCAUUGACUCCUCUUGCCACAAGUCUAAAAACCAUCAGAAGAAAUGACCAGUCAGCUACCAGAGGAGUCUGUGGAGUCCCAGAGCUCAGAUGAGCUUGAGUGCAAGAUCUGUUACAACCGCUAUAACCUGAGACAGAGAAAACCAAAAGUGCUGGAGUGCUGUCACAGAGUAUGUGCCAAAUGCCUGUGCAAGAUCAUAGACUUUGGAGACUCUCCUCAAGGAGUCAUAGUAUGCCCAUUUUGCAGGUUCGAAACCUGCCUGCCAGAUGAUGAGGUUAGUAGCCUUCCUGAUGACAAUAACAUCCUUCUGAAUUUAGCUUGUGGGGGAAAGGGAAAAAAGUGCCUGCCAGACAACCCAACAGAACUCCUGCUGACUCCCAAAAGGUUGGCGUCCCUGGUUAGUCCUUCUCACACCUCUUCCAAUUGCCUGGUAAUAACAAUCAUGGAAGUACAAAGAGAAAGUCCCCAGACCCUGAACUCAACCCCUGUGGUGGAAUUUUACAGGCCUACGAGUUUUGACUCUGUUGCAACUGUAUCCCACAACUGGACAGUGUGGAACUGCACAUCUUUGCUCUUCCAGACUUCAAUUCGGGUGCUAGUUUGGCUGCUAGGGUUGCUGUACUUUAGUUCCUUGCCUUUAGGCAUUUACUUACUAGUAUCUAAGAAAGUCACCCUUGGGGUUGUCUUUGUAAGCCUUGUUCCUUCGAGCCUUGUUAUUCUUAUGGUUUACGGCUUUUGCCAGUGUGUUUGUCAUGAAUUUCUAGACUGCAUGUCUUCUUCGUAACAAAUAACAGUGAAAUAAGAUGUAUUGCCAUGUAUGUAGCAUAGCUGAUUUAGCCUUUCUUUGUAUUCUUAUUUAUUCUUGUUAUUGUCCAUCCCACUAAAUGGAAGCGGUAGCCUUAGUUUUAUCGUCCUUUUAUUUCUAUUUGAUUUGAUAUUUACUGUCUUCUCUCUUUUUUUUUUAAAGCUAAACAAUGAAAAUAAAAUUUAUGUGCUGAUUUUUAAAAGGCCAGAUUGUAGAGAGGGCUAAAGCAAAAUUGCCAAACUUGGUGCCUGCUGCACAGCCCUUAUUCAAAUAAGUAGCUAUUUGCCUUCCAUUGGCUUGCUCACGUGAGUCAAGACUGCAGGAUCAGUCCUGGAAGAAGUUAGUACAACAGGCACCCUCUAGGUCAAAGUACAGCAUCUCUUAAUCCAAAGCAUCUCAUGCUUUGAAAUAUCUGUUAUUUCUGCUAGUGAAUGAAUCACUUUCUUAAUUAAUAAUACAAGAAGAAUAAGACAAGUUACCAUUGCUUUUCCCAUUCUUGUUACACCAGAAACAUUUGUGGGAGACCAGUGGUUAUGGAUUUCCUGCAUCCUGGGCAUGAGGAAUCCAAUUUUUUUUCCCCGUGCUAGACUCAUCCUUCAAAACACUUUCCCUAAACAGGGGCCCCCAUUAUCUCCCCCUAUGGUUGCAGCUCCCUCUGAGUUACUCCUAAUAAUAAGUACUUUCAGGGACCCAGCUAUACAUUUACUCUCCUCUAGAUGCACUUUUUUAAAGUGUGCAUCCACCUUGGGCUUCCCCUCACAGGUUCAGAGCUCUACAAACUUCCCCAGCUAUCUUUCUUUAUGCAUACCCUCCCUCUGAGCACUUCCACCUCCACGCCAUAAGCCCUCCUGACAAAUUGCCUGACUGAUUUUGUGCACGCCUACUCUCUGGUAGCUGCAGUGGAGAAUUUCCCUUAAGUGACUUUAGCGAUCAAGAUAGAUCUUUAUUCCCCAUCACUGGGAAAUGGACUUUUGAUGACUAAUACAAAUUUCAGAAAAAUUCUGAAAUCAUUGGGGUUUUUUAUUUGCUUUCUGAGUUCCCAGAAUGAGCACUAUAAGGAGGUACCAUGACUCUGAGAAGGAUUCUGUUUAAUGUGUAAUGCUUCUAGGUGUUGAAUACCCAGAACUCCCUCUGUCACCCCUCAGGGUGAGGUCAUGGCACUCUAGAUGCAGCAGUUAGUGUAACUUGACUGGCUGCAUUCAGAGGAAUUGCUGGUUUGCCAGGCCCUGUAAGGUUUCUUUGUAUGUUUAGGCUAUUUCUUAAACUAGUGGAAAAACCCCAAAAUAAAAAGAAAUAUUUAAUGUUUAUGUGCAACUAGCUCUGGUCAGCGCCAUAAUGAAAAAUUCAUUUUCCUGUGCACAACAGAAUAAAAAAUGAAAAGGAGCAAUUGAUCAGUGCAAACAAGGCUUUUGGAUCAGGCACAAGAUUUUGUAUUCUCAGGAUAGCGUCGGGGAGAGGGGGGUUGUUGUGUGAAGACUGAAUGUAUGGCCUAACAAUAUUCUCAGAGCAAAUUGACUUUGGUAAAAAUGAAAAAUGCCAAUGGGAAAGGGAAAGCAUAAGUGGCUGUUGUGUCUAUCCAGAGGACUUGAAGUCAAGCUGGUCCAAUUUUUGUAGAUGGUACAAGUAGCAUCAACAGUUUACAUUCCUAUUACAAACUUAGGAAAAAAUGUGGAAAUAUAAAGGUCUUGGUUUUCUUGACGCUUGAGUUUAUAAUAGUGCACAUAUACAUAUAUAUAUAUAUAUAUAGAUGCACAUAUGCAAGAAGAAAACAUCUAGCAAGAUUAUAGUUUUCAAGUGUAUGAAGUUACAGAGCUAUGUACUGAAUGGGUAAAGGAGAUGUUUUAGUCUUUUGUGUAAUCACUUGCUAAUAAUUAGAACUAAAAUAUUUUCAGAAUUCCUAGAAAUGACUAUUCCUAAGUAAUUGUUUUUAAUGCUUGUGGUAAAGUACAUGUAGUUAGAAGAGUUGUCAUCUCCUGUCCUGGUAUACUGCAAGGUGUGACUGAUCUAUGAACUCAUAAAUUUUAAGCAUCCAAACACAAUCAUGUCAAAAAAGAAAGAAAAAUAGAAAACUAUCUGGUUUUAUAGUACUUUAUAACUUUGGGAAAAUAUGUAUUUGUAGUGUUAGGGGAUUUAUAUAUUUUAGGGUUUGUUCACUAUGUGUGAAUAUAAUAUCUCUAAUAAAGGGCUGGCUGAAAGAGGAA